UGACUGGUCCUCCUCCUCCUUCUCCUUCUCCGAGCAUCUCUCAUCCUGCAGAACCAGCCCAGGCUCCAUCACCAGAGCCCUGACUCCCUCCAGCCAUCCAGAGCCUCACCCUGCCAUGGCCAGGAACCGAAAGGAGAGGAACAGCUGGGGAGGAUUCACUGAUCGCAAUUAUGACUGGAGCUCGGAAGAGGAAGAGUAUGAGAAGAAGGCGCACCCAGUGCAGGUCCUGGUAGUAAAGGACGACCAUUCCUUUGAGUUGGAUGAAGUGGCUUUGAACCGCAUCUUGCUUUCGGAGGUUGUGAGGGACAAGGAGGUCGUGGCGGUGUCUGUAGCUGGAGCAUUCAGGAAAGGAAAGUCAUUCCUCAUGGACUUCAUGCUGCGCUAUAUGUACAAAACCGAACCCGUUGACUGGCUUGGGGAUUAUAAUGAACCGCUAUCUGGUUUCUCCUGGAGAGGCGGUUCUGAGCGGGAGACCACCGGAAUCCAGAUAUGGAGCGAAGUCUUCUUGGUGGAGAAGCCUGAUGGGAAAACGGUGGCCGUGUUACUGAUGGACACUCAAGGAACGUUCGACAGUCAGUCAACCCUGAGGGACUCAGCCACUGUGUUCGCCCUCAGCACCAUGAUCAGCUCCAUUCAGGUUUACAACUUGUCACAGAAUGUUCAGGAAGACGAUCUGCAGCAUCUACAGCUGUUCACGGAGUACGGAAGACUGGCUAUGGAGGAGACGUUCCUGAAACCGUUCCAGUCUUUGAUCUUCCUCGUCCGGGAUUGGAGCUUCCCAUAUGAAUUCCCUUACGGCGCCGAUGGUGGAGUCAAGUUCCUCGAGAAACGCCUCAAGGUGUCUGAGAAUCAGCACGAGGAGCUGCAGAAUGUCAGGAAACACAUCCACUCCUGCUUUACCAACAUCUCCUGCUUCCUCCUGCCACAUCCCGGCCUCACUGUAGCCACCAACCCCAAAUUCGAUGGAAAACUCAGAGAAAUCGAUGAAGAGUUCAUAAGGAACCUGAAAGUCUUUAUACCUUGGCUUCUGAGCCCGGAGAACUUGGAUGUUAAAGAAAUCAAUGGGAAUAAGAUAACGUGCCGCGGCCUGGUGGAGUAUUUCAAGGCCUACAUCAAGAUUUAUCAGGGGGAGGAGUUACCGCACCCAAAAUCAAUGUUACAGGCUACAGCAGAAGCUAACAACCUAGCAGCCGUGGCCACCGCAAAAGACUUGUAUAAUAAGAAAAUGGAAGAGGUAUGCGGAGGAGACAGGCCCUUCUUAGCGCCCACUGACCUGCAGCAUAAACACCAGGAGUUAAAGGACGACUCCAUCAAACUGUUCCGCAGCGUGAAGAAAAUGGGGGGCGAGGAGUUCAGCCGAAGAUACCUGCAGCAGCUGGAGAAUGAAAUCGAUGAGCUUUACGUCCAAUACAUCAAGCACAAUGACAGCAAAAACAUAUUCCACGCGGCCCGCACCCCUGCCACCCUCUUUGUGGUCAUAUUCAUCACCUACGUGCUGGCCGCCAUAACUGGCUUCAUUGGCUUGGACAUUAUAGCCAGCUUGUGUAACAUGAUCAUGGGACUGACCCUCAUCACAUUGUGCACAUGGGCCUAUAUCAGAUACUCUGGAGAAUACCGGGAACUUGGAGCGGUUAUAGACCAGGUGGCAGCCGCCUUAUGGGACCAGGGGAGCACCAAUGAGGCUCUGUACAAGCUCUACAGUGCUGCCGCCACCCACAGACACUUAUAUCACCACGCCUUCCCGACUCCACAACACGGGGCGGCUGAAGAACACAACAAGAACAUCUAGCCAUGUUGACGUUCAGCAGCCUGUACCUUACAGGCCUGGAGGACAUUGGCAAUUCUCACCGACAAAAGCUGCAUGAACUUCAGUGUCCACUGACUCGUAAAAACGUCACAAGAGGUCAAGGUCCUAUCGUUCAGAGAAGGCUCGGGCCUGCUGGUAAGGAGCCUGGCCCGUCUGCCAUUUUGUUCAGGGCCUGCUCCCAGGGUAAAUCAAGAGACGGAACCGACAGGCAACCAGGAAAGUAAACAUACAACGGCUUUAGCGAAUUUACUUUUAAACCGACGUAUAAUAAUAUACUAACGCGUCAUGUCAUUUAUUCUGGAAGAGAUGUUCCUCCCCUCUCCUCACAUAGCUCAUGUUAUCUUUCACAGAGCACAAAAUGGACGAUGUCCCACAAUGCAUCCUGUCUGCAUCACCCGACGUGCAAAAACAUUGACCAGUGCUCUCUUCACUAUUGCAAGCUUUAUUGCUGCCUGUACACUCUUUAUUUAUCAUAUUGUAUAUUUUUGUUGUUAAUGCAGAU